AUGAGCGCUGAAGACAAUACGAAGUCGACGGAAGAGUUCGAAACCAAUUUCCAAGCUGGGCGUCGUUUUUUGAAGACAGACGAGUUUUCUUCAGCGUCGGAGACUCUCAGCAGAGCUGUUGAACUUGCGUACAUUUGAAGAAUGUUUUUAGAAUAUCUGUAGUUUUUUUUUUAGCGUGGAACUGUUUGGGAAUUUUGAUGAAAAAUCUUUCGAACCGCACUUCUUGUAUGGACAAGCUUUGUACGGGAUGGGAAAAUCGAAGGCUCUGAUGUUUGAGAAUCCGACAACUGCGAAAACACGCGUGGAUGCGGAAGAAGAUUCUGAAGCAGAAAAAAAAAAGUCAUCAGGUAUUCAAAAAAUAAGAAGGCUACAAAUAAUUUAGAUUUCAUUUUUUAGAAAAAAAGGAUUCCACGUCGGCUAACGAUAAGAAAACUUCGGAAUCUGGUGGAAUUAAUAAGAAAGAAACUGUUGAUGAUUCAAUGGAAUCUUCUGAAGUCGUGAUGGACUCUACGGAGAAAGAAACUUCAGCGGAAGUUGAAAAAACUGACGAAGUUGAACCAAAGGAAGAUGAGAAAACUGACGAAGUUGAACCAAAGGAAGAAGAGAAAACUGACGAAGUUAAACUGGAGGAAGAAAAAAAAAAUGACGACGUGAACGUGGAGGAAGAGAAGGAAAGUGCUGAGGAAACCGCGGAAACAGGCGAAGAAGCAGAAGAAGCUGGCGACGAAGAGGAGCUGGAGGACGAAGAAGAUGAUCCCAGCGACAUGGAACUUGCAUGGAACGCUUUCGAGGUUUGCCAACACAACGUUGAUAUUUGUAGUUUUAAUUUAACCUCUUGUCUGAUCACGAAAACGUUCCAGGUCGCGAGAUCCAUCUGCGACAAACAUCUUGAAAGGAUUUCUGAUUCUGAGAAGGAGGAAAAGGAAAAGUGGCAGACGCGUAAAGCCGAUUGUCACCUUUACCUCGGACAGCAUGCCGCUGAUGAAAACAAGUUCGACCUGGUAAAAAAAAUUUUCUUUAAAAUAAUUACGGAACAAUUCUUUGCAGUGUUUCAAUGAACUCGAUAAGGCCUUGGAGCUGAAUGAGCGCAUUCUGGACCCAACUUCGCGUGUUCUGGCCGAAUCGUACUUCAUUAUUAAUGUGUGGAUAAAAUAACUUUCCUUUCAGUUUCCUAAUAGUGGGCAAAGCUCAUCGCUCUAACGAUAACUUCGACAAGGCCUCUGAGUUUUUCACCAAGUCUUCGAACACUCUUAAAUCUCGUAUCGGUUGGUGUUCACUCACUUUUUCGGACAAUUUUGGGUUUUUCUUGCAGCUUGUUUGACGGCUAGUCUAUAUAAGGAAGGAACCAACAAAGAAGAGGUGGAAGAGGAGAUUAAGGACCUCAAGGAGAUUAUUCCUGAAAUCGAAACUCUCAUCACGGACGCAGAGGAAAGCGCUAAACAAGUGGCUAAGGUUUUUUCAAGAAAAGGUUUUCAAAAUAACAUUCAUUCAGGCUAAAUCUGUGCUCAAAGAAGCUUUCGGAAGUCUGGUGAACGUUGUUACAAAAGUGAAUGCUCCCACGGACGAGACCGCCAACGACAUCACGUCUAUGGUCCGUUUAGCUUAUUACGCGCCAGCCUCUCCCGUUUUUUUGUUUCAAAAAAUACCAUGUACUAAACUUGACCAAACUUCGCUUCAAGACUUUUUUUGUUCGCGUCCUUUUUUGAAUUUGUGUAAAAUGGAAGUGCGACGAUUUUUUUUUUUGUUAACGGUAGCUUUCUUUGUGCUUUGCUUUUAAAACAUGACUGAAACACUGUAUUAACUAUUCAUAGAACUUGAAUUUUAAAAAAACCCCUGGUGGUAAAUUUAAAUAUCCCAACAAAAAUUAGUAGAAUAUUUCAAUUUUUGCUCACUUUAAUUUUGUUUCGUCAAAUUAUUUAAUUUUUUUGUUUGAGUUACUAGGGACCCUUAAUAGCAAUAUGUAUAGAAAAAGUUUUUCACUUCAAUGGUGCACGAGCAUUUUUAAAAUUAUAACUUCAGUUGCGCAAGCCGGUGAAAAGAGCCGCCCCAGAAGAAAAAACUGAAGAACCCGCGAAGAAAGCCAGAGAGGAUGUGGAGGUGGAGGAGAACAAGAAGGAAAACAUUCCGAUCGUCCCUCCUAGGGAAGAGCAGAUGGAAACGACUGAGAAGAGCGACGUCGUCGAGCUCACCCCGGAGACUCCAGCGGCAGAAGCUCAAUAA